AUGUCAGCCCGGCAUGCGUUCGGCCGCCGCCAGCAAUGGGAGUCGCCGAUGGAGGGUGGAAUGGCGAGUGCAAUUGGGGCCUAUGCGGUCCAUUCGCGAUUCCUGGGCGUCAACCCUACGGUUCCUCACGACUUAAUCGCAACGAUCAUCGUGCCUCUAUGCGUGAUCCUGUACAUCGUAGGCUACGCGACUUUACCGAAUCCUGAGGAUGGUGUACAAGCCGGACGACGUGGUGCCACCCGAGAGGUUGCUAGCUUCACGGUAUUUAUUGUGCUUUGCACAAUGCAAGCCGUCAGUCUUAAGCAUGCCUGCUUCCAGCAACCACCUUGGAUACCGUACACGAUUCUCUUCGGGAUAGCUCUCUUGCUAUGGCUGCCGGCAAUAUAUGCGUUUUGUCUUCUGGCCGUCGCACUCGAUAGCUCAUCCUUCGUCCGAUCGAAAACCUUCUUUUACGUUGGUUUCGGCUUCGCCCACGCUCUGGCGAUUGGCAUACUGAUUGCCAUGCAUCGACAGAAGCGGAUGUGGGAGUACGAACUCGGCCAGGAAAAAGAACAUCCUGAGCCUGAGGUCGAGGAGGUCGCUUAA